UCCACCAAAAUAAUAAUAUAAUAAUAAUAAUAGUCUUAAUUAAAUUCACAGGAACAAGAAGAAGCAGAGUAUCUUGGUCUUGUUGCGUUUAGUUCAGUUUCUUACUUGUCUCCGAUUCCUCUCUCCGAGUCGACUCACCGCCAUGGACGAGCGACGCAAACAACUUCAAUCUAACGACCCUUUCCUCCUUAAUUAUCAACCUUCCGAACUCCGAAUCGCCUCCGAGUUUCUCUCCACAUGGCUUCCCUUUCUAUCUCGAGAUCUCUGCCGCCGUUGUUCUCAAUCACUCUCCGAUCGCAUCCAUUCAAUUGACCCAGAGACUCAGAACCAGAACGAGAAUUCAAAGUUGGAACCGUCUUCCGAGGUUAACGAUGAAGAUGUUGUUGAAGACAACUGUGAUUGUCAUUCUCUUGGUAGUUGGAAAGAUGGGGUGCAACCAAAUUCAACAUCGGAAGCUCCAAGUCCACGUAUGUCUUGGGCUGAUAUGGCACAAGAAGAUGAUGAAUUUGGUGAAGAUGAUGAACAAAACGACAACAAUGGUGGUGUCGUUGUUGGGAAUUUGAAUAAUAGUAAUAACUCUAGAGUUGUUUCUGAUAAGGCUAUUUUGCCUAGGGAACAAAGAGAGUAUAUUAGGUUUAUGAAUGUGAGGCGUAAGAAAGAUUUUAUUUGUUUUGAAAGGGUUAAUGGAAAACUUGUGAACAUUCUUGAAGGUCUUGAAUUGCAUACUGGUAUCUUUAGUGCUGCUGAACAGAAGAGGAUUGUUGAAUAUGUUGCUUCUUUACAGGAGAUGGGAAGAAAAGGAGAGCUUAAAGAAAGGACAUUUUCAGCUCCACAAAAAUGGAUGAGGGGCAAGGGACGCCAAACUAUCCAAUUUGGGUGUUGUUACAAUUAUGCAGUGGAUAGGGAUGGUAACCCACCUGGUAUUCUUCACCGUGCAUCGAUAGAUCCUUUACCUGAUCUUUUCAAGGUCAUUAUUCGACGCCUGGUCAAGUGGCAUGUUCUCCCUGCCACUUGUGUGCCGGAUAGUUGCAUCGUGAAUAUCUAUGAAGAAGGGGACUGCAUACCUCCACACAUAGAUAACCACGAUUUUGUUCGACCAUUUUGCACUGUCUCAUUUCUAAGCGAGUGUGACAUACUUUUUGGAUCAAACUUGAGGAUUGUAGGUCCUGGUGAAUUUGAUGGUUCAUUUGCUAUUCCUCUACCAGUAGGAUCUGUACUUGUCUUAAAUGGAAAUGGAGCUGAUGUAGCUAAGCAUUGUGUACCUGCAGUUCCUACAAAAAGGAUAUCAAUAACAUUUAGAAGAAUGGAUGAAUCCAAGCGGCCACUUGAUUAUGUCGCAGAACCUGAUCUCCAGGGGAUCGAACCGUUAGCCUACGAAGCUGAGCAGGAAAAGAUCAAACAGGGGAUCAAACCAGUGGCUUAUGACGUUGAGCAGGAAAACAUCAAGUCAAGCGGGUACAGACCUAAUAAUCAUAAUAUGAGGAGAAAUACAGACAGAAGAGGUGGAAGGAUUGAUGGAAUGGGAUCUGCAACUAGAAACAACAGAUUCUCAGAGCCUCGUGAGUGGACUCAAAAUUCACCAAGAUCUGCACCUAGAAAUGAUAGAUUCUCGGAGCCUCGCGGGUGGACUCAAAAUUCGCCUAGAUCUACACCUAGAAAUGAUAGAUUCUCAGAGCCUCGUGAUUCGCCUCAAAGUUCACAAAGACCUGCAAAUAGGUGGAGUAGGGUAAAGCCUAGUAGUUAACAAGGUGGUGUUUGUUAAGAUCCAAGGUUCAUAUCGGUUAAGUUAAUCCUCUGAUCUUUAUGACCAUCUGGUAAUGUUCCGGUGAUUCGUCGACAUAUCAAAUAGAUUUGUCAUGGAAGGUUUCUUAACUUUACUCUGCGCAAAUUUUAUCACGUGUAUUGUCAUAAUUUGGUCUACCACGAGCUGCAUUAGCAUCUUUAAUUCAUAAGCCGGAGGCGCUGGUGUAUAUUAGAGUGAGUUUAGGAGUCAAUAAUGGUUGGAAUUUGGUGAGAAGUUGUUGUUGUCACAUUUUUAGUACCAAGCUAGAAUGUAGCUGGGUUCUAUAUUGACUUAUAUAUAUUUUUUAGUUGAUGCUUUAUACCUAAAAAUAUUCAUUUUUGAGGUAAUGAUAUUGGUUGCCUUGUGAGGUUAGAUUUUUUGGAUUUGAAACUUGCAUUGGAUCUAAUUAUUUUGAAAUA